AUGCCAUCUUUAACGCUAGUGAAAACUCUAGCGCCUGUACCAGCAACUCAAAGAAAUGUUGGAAUCCAUUUAUCUUAUGAUGCGCACUCACAUAGUGUGGCCUUUGGAUGUGGAAAGUCUGCCUAUAUUAGAUGUCUCGAAGACGAUUUUUCAAUCCAGUUCACUGGCCAUGGUACAGCUAAUGUAACAGUUGUGCGCUUUUCACCGAUCGCAGGAUCACAGUACGUUUGCUCGGGUGACGAUCAAGGAAAAGUAAUGGUGUGGAGUUGGUCACGCGAUUCUGAACCUGCUUUGAAGAGCGAAUUCCAAGUUCUUGCGGGUGCCAUUAGUGAUAUUAGCUGGGACAUGGAAGGCCGUAGAUUAUGUGUGGUUGGUGAAGGCCGUGACCGCUUUGGUGCUUUCAUUUCAUGGGACACAGGUAAUUCUUUAGGGGAAGUUGCAGGCCAUUCCAAGCGGAUCAACGCAUGCCACAUUAAACAAAGUCGACCAAUGAGAUGUUUUACAGUUAGUGAUGAUGGAGCCGUCGUGUUUUAUCAAGGACCACCCUUCAGGUUUACUGCAAGUGACAGAAGUCAUCAUGACCAGGGUAAGUUCAUCCGCGAUGUGAGAUUCUCUCCCGGGGCUGGUACAUACGCAGUAUCAGUAGGUAGUGACAGAAAAAUUGUUUGCUUUGACGGUAAGUCUGGAGAGUUUUUGAAGUAUGUGGAUGAUCCAGACGAAGAAAUAAAAGGUGGAUUCUUCGCUGUUGAUUGGAUCAACGAAGGUGACAAUUCAAAACAUUUCGUUACUGUAAGCGCAGACGCUACAAUUAGGCUAUGGGAUGUUGAAUCUAGCAAAUGUCUGCAGAAAUGGGCCUUAGAACCUGCUUUACCUAAUCAGCAAGUCGGUGUUGUGACUGCUGGAACUGACACAAUCGUUUCUCUAUCUCUAGACGGUACUCUGAACGUAUUCAAAAUUGGCGAGCACUCUGUUAUUCAAAAAAUUGAGGGCCACAACAAAGGUAUCACCGCUCUUACUGCAAACCCAUUAGUCACAGGCUCGUAUGACGGGAGGAUUGUUGAGUGGGAUGACAAGCAAGUUGGCAAAAUGAGAAACAGUCACUCAAAUAUGAUUGUAGCUAUUGAUAACACUUGCGGAGUAUCAACUGUUUCUUGGGAUGAUACUCUGGAGAUCAAAGGAGAGAUCAAACAUAAGUUUACAGCACAACCAAAGAUAGCAGCCGCAUAUGAAGGUGCCUUUGCAAUUGUAACAUCGGAGGACGAACUGCUGAUUAUGGAUGCUCAGAAUGGUAAUGUUGUCAAUAGCCAUAAACUCACAGAACCUGGUUCAGCUAUCACAUUGGGUAAAGAAUACGUUGCUGUAGGCUACGAGCAAUCGAAAUCGAUAGAGUUGUUCAAGGUCAGUGAUUUUUCUAUCAGUUUUAAGCUUCCAACCCCCCUUCAAGCUGCUCCUUCGUGUUUAUCUCUUUCACCUUCUGAAAAAUAUCUAGCUGCAGGUGAUGUAAUGGGUAAAAUUCUCUUAUUCGAUGUUGAUUCGAAGAGUGUGAAGACAUCGCGCUGGACAUUCCACACUGGCAAGAUUAAUAGCAUGUCCUGGAGACCUGCAGAGGAAGACGAAGAAGACCUCAUAGCUACGGGCUCUUUGGAUACCCAUCUAUUCAUCUAUUCUGUCAAGAGACCAAUGAAAAUUGUCAAACAACUAAAUGCGCAUAAGGACGUAGUUAGUGUCGUUACUUGGGAAUCCCCAGAUUGCGUUUUAAGCUCUGGUGCAGACGCCUGUAUAAGAAGAUGGAGGCUCAACUUGGAUUAG